ACUUUACAUAUAUUGCUUAUAUCGCAUAUGUUAAUCCGUAUGUGCAUCCAUAUUUACGGCGAUACGCGAUUCCUUCAUAAAAUUUAUUUCAGUGUGGUCACGAGCCGUGGUUGUCAAUGCAGAAGCGUGCGCUGCGGUUUGUUUACAAGCAAAGUAAACAAGUUGGCUCGUACUUUUGUGACAAUCGUCAAUCACCUGUACUCGGACGUGCAAAUCCGUACCGGUAGCAACCCGGUGAUCCGCGGGAACAAGAUUUGGGGUGGCCAAAACGGUGGAGUUCUGGUGUGAAUCAGAGGUCUGGGCCUGCUAAAACAGAACGAGAUCUUUGACAAUGCUAUGGCCUGCAUGUGGAUCAAGACUAGGUAAUCGAACGCAAUGCUCAAACGGAACAAGGUCUUUUGCGGUCGGGACGGCGGUAUCUGCAUCUUGGAAUGUGAUUUCAACCCAGAGCUUGACGGAUUGGCUACCGGCGUCGAGAUUACUAACAAUGUAACGGCUACGAUAGAGUUCAACCAGAUCUUUAACUACAAAUUCGGUGGCCUGUGUCUGGCCAGUGGUGUCCAGUCGAUCACCCGUGGCAACAACCAAGACGAGGUGGAGAAGGCCGUAUCCGGGAGGUAAUUUCUGUACAAGAUCAGUUCGCACACGUCCUUUCCGAUGCACGACUUUUACCGGUGCCACACGUGCAACACGACCGACCGGAACACGAUCUUCGUCAGCUGUACCAGGACGUGUCACGCGGUUUUUUUAUAUUUGUAUUUUCAGUUUUUUU